AAGAUUAUUAAAUUUUUUUUAUUAGAAUCGAUUUUCAAUGCAAAACGAAAGUGAGUCUGUUUGCAAAUUCACAAACAACGACAAAUCAAUAAUCAUUAAACUAAUUGUUCAUGAACACUUCCCAUGUUCUCUCUCUCUCAAUCUAAAUGACCAUUUUAAACAAAUAAAAAAAGUUUCAAUUUUUCCCUUCAAUCCCCAUUGUUUAAUCUCUUUACUACAAACCCCCAUUUCCUUGUUUCCUGGAUCUUUCGUGUUUUUUUUUGCCAACUGGGUUCUUUAUUUUCUCUCUAAAGCUUUCUUUUUUUAUAACAAUGGCGUUAACAUGAAGUGAGAAAGUUAAGGUUUUUCAAUGGAAGAAAACAUGGGGAAGAUGAUGAUGGAAGGAAGGUCUUUAGCUGAGACUCCCACUUAUACUGUUGCUACUGUUAUUACAGUAUUGGUUUUUGUUUGCUUUUUGGUUGAACGCUCCAUUUAUAGAUUUGGAAAGUGGUUAAAGAAAACAAGGCGAAAAGCUUUAUUUGCUUCAUUGGAGAAGAUUAAGGAAGAGUUGAUGUUGCUCGGUCUUAUAUCGUUGUUGUUAGCACAAUGGGCGCGAUGGAUCUCGGAGAUUUGUGUAGAUUCAUCUCUUUUCUCUAGCCGGUUCUAUACAUGCUCCGAGAUGGAUUAUGACAUGAAAUACAACAUGUUUCUUGAAAGUACUUCGUCUUUCCCGAAUGAGAGUGUCGUUCCUCCGAAAGGACUAAAUACUCUUGCAUCACAUCAAUGUGGCGAGGGUCGUGAACCGUUUGUGUCAUUUGAAGGCCUUGAGCAACUUCACCGGUUUUUAUUCGUUCUUGGUAUCACUCAUGUCCUCUAUAGUUGUCUAGCAGUUGGCCUGGCUAUGAGCAAGAUUUAUAGCUGGAGAAAAUGGGAAAACCAAGCCAACUCCAUAGCUGAUGGGAAUUUACAAGCAAAGAGAAACAAAGUGAUGAGGCGACAAACUACCUUUGUUUUCCAUCACACAUCUCAUCCAUGGAGCAGGAGUCGGAUUCUCAUUUGGAUGCUUUGCUUCCUACGGCAGUUUAAGAGCUCUAUAAGGAAAUCCGAUUAUCUCGCACUACGUCUCGGUUUCAUUACUAAGCACAAGCUACCAUUGUCGUAUGAUUUCCAUAAGUAUAUGGUUCGAAGCAUGGAAGACGAGUUUCAUGGCAUGCUCGGUAUUAGCUGGGCGCUUUGGGGAUAUGCAAUAAUUUGCAUCUUUGUGAACAUUCAUGGAUUGAAUAUUUACUUCUGGCUAUCUUUCAUCCCUGCCAUUCUUGUGAUGUUAGUCGGGACGAAACUUCAGCAUGUUGUUUCCUCAUUAGCACUCGAGAUCAAGGAACAAACCGGUCCACCCACUGGAGCGCAAGUAAAACCACGAGACGAUUUGUUUUGGUUCGGGAAACCGGAUAUAUUACUCAGGUUGAUUCAGUUCAUCAUUUUUCAGAAUGCCUUUGAGAUGGCCACCUUUCUUUGGUCAUUGUGGGGAUUCGAGCAAAGAUCGUGCUUUAUGAAAAACCAUCUUAUGAUAGUCCUCCGAUUGACUUCGGGGGUUCUCGUUCAAUUCUGGUGUAGCUAUAGCACGGUGCCUUUGAAUGUAAUCGUCACACAGAUGGGAUCACGAUGUAAGAAAGCCUUAGUUGCCGAAAGCGUACGGGAAUCACUUCAUAGUUGGCGUAAAAGAGUGAAACAGAAGUCCAAACGUGAAUCCGUACACUCACACACCGCGAGAUCCGUGUGUUCGCUCGAAUCAAUCAUCGAUGAUGAAAGGGACGAAAUCACCGUCGGGACUUUAUCGAGAAGUUCGUCCAUGGAAUCGUUGAAUCAAGUAACGAUAACGUCUUCGGAACAGGCUGCGGCCAUUCUCGGGACGUCCAAUGCCGCACAAGAUGCGGUCUCGUCGAGGGUGGAGGAGUACUUAUCGGAGUCUAUAAAUAUUACUACAUCACAGCCAUUGCCCAUUGAUGAAGAAGAAGAUAAUCAAGGCACUGCUGAAGAAACAAAAGUUGACACUCUAUACGACUUGUUUCAAAGAACCUGAAUUAAUUUAAAAAGGUUUAAUUAUGCUCUCAGUCCCUGUACGAAAUUGUGCUUAAAGUACAGGAACUGGGAGUGUAAUUAGACCGUGUAAGAAUAUUUAUUUUCUUAGCACCUUCUUUAACAUAAUUGUAACCUUAAAUUUAGCCUUUAGAUGAAAGCCAUAUAAAAAACGACUUUUUUCCCAAAUUUAACGGAGGAAUUUACUUGAAAA